CUGGGAUUGACCACAAAGGGAUGACACUGGAAGCUGCCUUCUCCAUGAGUUUUUGCUCCUUCCCUGUCCCUAAAGCAAUCCCCUUUGAUAGAGAAACUUCAUCUUUUCAACGAAUCAUCCCAAGAGCAAAGGGAGUUGCUGGUGAAGGUCAAGUUCAAAGCUUUUUCGAACCUGAGAAAAGGAUAAGCUCUGAUGGAGUUGAGACCCAAGUCAAGGAAACUGCUCACAAAGUAUUUGAAAAACUGCCUCAAAGAAAGUUAGAUACUUGGAAUGUAGGCAGAGUAACAGCAAGAGGAGUGGAAGACGGCAACAAAAUCAAUCCAGGUUCGGCAGUAAGAAACAAUGUACAUAAAGAUACUACUUUACGACAUAUCUCACCUUCUAGUCAUUCAACAAAGGUUAGAGGAGAUAAGCCAGAGAUUUCAGGUGAGAAGAAAGCUAUUGCAGAUAGAAGCAAGGCCUACAUAAAGCUGAAAUCUUUAGGGAAAGAAGCGAGAGAUGCAGGCUAUGUACCAGAGACGAAGUAUGUUCUUCAUGAUAUCGACGAAGAAGCUAAAGAGAAAGCAUUGAUGCAUCACAGUGAACGGUUAGCUAUUGCUUUCGGGCUUAUAAACACGCCUCCAGGGACUACGAUAAGGGUGAUGAAGAAUCUGAGGAUAUGCGGAGAUUGCCAUAACUUCAUAAAGAUAUUAUCAAGCAUUGAAGAUAGAGAGAUCAUUGUAAGAGAUAACAAGAGGUUUCAUCAUUUUAGAGAUGGUAGCUGCUCUUGUGGAGAUUAUUGGUAGAAUUUUGUAUAAAAAGAAUGCAAAUUUCAACCAAAUUCAUUACACAAAUUCUAUAUAGUUCAAACCAAAAUUUGAAAACUGAAUGAAAUAUUUAAACACUGUUA